AUCAACGUGGCCAAAGAUUUAUGCAAUAAUAAAAAUUCGUGUGAGAUUGUAGAUGCUGUCAAAGUUGAAAAUAAGAAUGAACAGGCUGCAUUGUUCGAUUCAAAAGAACUAGAAAAGAUUAAUCCAUUAAUGAAUAUUAACCGAAAGAACACGAUAUAA